AUGUUUCUCUUCAAAAGCCCCGACCCCGACCUGACCAAGGAGGUCGUUGAGUUCCCCUCCAGAAUAAACAACCGCCUCGAGUCGUACGUCACCCGCCUCCUGGAAGAGGUCGGCAUUCCCAGCUUCAUCUGGGGUGAGCCCUACCUCUCCAUUCUGGGCUCCACCACAGGGGCGCUUGUAAGCCUUCCGCUCCCCCGGCUGAUUUACUCACUUCAAUCAAGAGCUUCCCUAAUGGCCAAACUCUGCACCCACCCAUACCCGGACUACCAUUGGCACACGGAUCUCAAAUACUUCGAGCUGCCCAAGAAGCCCGGAGACCUCAUCUUCUUCUCAGGCGGCGUCCACCUAUUCCGCAAGUCCCGAUUGUUUUGGGAAUUCCCCGACCCGCCCCUCGGUGCCCCUCCAAAGGACGACCCUUACUACAUGCUCACCUCAGACCCACGGAUCAAUGAGCGCUACCCAUGUCAUGUCCGCGGCCGCCAGCCCGAGGGGUACUACCCCGUCAAGAUGCCCGUUCCAGCGCGCUACUUCGAAGCAAUGGUCCUGCUGAGAAUGCGGGAUGUGCGUGCCCGGUGGCUGGAUGGGUGUUGGAGUGUCAACAUCUUGUAUCUGCUUGACUCAGACCACAUUCUUCUGCUUAACCUUGACACAGGCGAUAUCAAUGAGCCGUUCCCCGAGUAUGCUAAAAGGCGGAUUUAUGAGGGGUACGAGAAGGAGAAGGGACAUGAAUACAAGUAUUUAUUGGAGAUGUUCCUCGACUACAAACGAAAAGGCAAGCUUCCUCCGCCCGAGAGGCCGCCGAGGGAAGGCGAGCGCUCAUUUGAAGCGCUUCUGCAGCAUUGGAAGGUUCCCUAUGAACAAUCAGACCUGAUUUAUGGGUAG